UUUCAAGUUAUGACAGAAUAGCAGGAAGUUUUGAUUGCCUCAAGAUCACCAGUACCUGUCUCUACUUCUCAGAAGAUGUUCUGGCUGCUUCCAUCUCUCCCAUUUGUCUUCUGCCUUGGUUCAGGAAAUGCAGUGUCGCAAAGCAAUUCGACCUCUCUGGUGGUAAAUGGGGUUCUAGGGGGGUCAGUAAUCCUCCCCGUGAAGCUUCCUACAGAAGUGGAUGUGUCGAUCAUCACCUGGCAUUACAAUGGAACAGCUAUUGUCACCAUAGAUCUAAAACGUGAGGUUAAAAUGGUGCUAAAUCCAAGGUGGGGAGAGCGGCUAAACUUCACCCAGAUGUAUUCCUUGAAUCUCAGCAACCUGAUGAUGGCAGACACAGGACAUUACAGCAUCCAGUUCACCACGAAAACGACCACUAUAGUGCCUUCUGGUUAUACUUUGAGGAUUUUCAGACAAUUGAGAAACUUAAAAGUUAUCAACCAUGUUCAACUGUCUGAGAAUGAGACCUGUGAUAUCUACCUGAUCUGUGCUGUGGAAAAUGCAGACGAUACAUCCUCAUUCUGGUGGCAGGACUCAAGAAACAUCUGCCUCAAUGGAACAAACUUUACUACCUCCUGGGACCCCAAGAAUUCUAGUGGACAGAACUAUACCUGCAUAGCUAAGAAUCCAGUCACCAAAUUAUCUCUAUCUGUCUCUGCCCAGAGUCUCUGUGAAGGUGUCUUAACUAAGGAAAAUCUAUACCAAGGAGGUACAUGGAUUAUAACUACGUUUGUUGUCGCCAUACUUAUAAUCAUCCUUGUGUGCAUACUUGUUUGGAGGAAAAGAAGAGAUUCCUUUCAUGUUUCUUCUGAGCAACCUCAGCAUCCUGUACAGUCCUUGCAAAACUCAGCAAACACCUUAGUUUCUCCAGGAAGUACUGUGUAUGCGCAGAUCACUCAUCCAAGACAGGAAAUGGAAAUCCCAACACUAAAGAAAAAUGAUGAUUCAUUAACAAUUUACUCCAUCAUUAAUCAUUCUAGGGAGAGAAAGCCCUUUUCUCCCAGGGCAACUGGCCUUAAUGACAUCAAGUAAGUUGCUGAAAGACCUCAGCAUAUUUCAGGAAUGACCCAUCUCCUGAUCCUAAAAAGGAAAGCUUGGUUUUUGGUUUUCUUCCUGGCAACAGAAUCUGAAUACCUAGGAUUCUUGCUUCUCAGUCCUUCAGACUUGAUCCUGCUUACCUAAGUCAUACACCUAAGAAGUGACAACAUCUCCAGCCUGUAAUCCAAAUAAUGCUUUUCAAUCCAGUCCAGGCAAAAGCUAUUUCCAUUAACACUCCUGCCUACUGACUUUCUCUAUGAAGCUAAACAAGCAGAGUUAUAGUUGACAGGUUAUAAAUUCAGCAGGUGAUCACGUCUCUCCUUUCAGAAAGCAACAGGAUCUGACUAUUAGAAAUAGAAUAUAGUAUUUUGGCUAGGUGUGCAGCACCUGGAGUUGGAUGGUAUGGCAUGCAUAUCCUGAAACAUCAUUUACUAGACAUACCUCCUACAAUGUGUUUCCUAAUCUCUUGGAACAUUAGUCUUAAAAACUGAAGGCUGGGAAGGUGGCUCAGUGGUAGAGUGCUUGCCUUGCAUGUAUAAGGCCCUGGUUUGAUUCCUCAG